CCAGCAGCUAGCCGUCAAUAGCAGUCUUCUUGAUAGCUAAAAGGGAACAAGGUCUACACAAUUUUAAUUAGCACACAUUGAAGGAUAGACCCCAGCUACAUUCGUUCAUUUAUACUUAAGGAGAGGUUUAUUUUAUUUCUGCUGUUUUCGCGAAGCCUUAAAAAGAAGCCCCCAAAGAGCGAGGAUGUUGGUCCCCGCGGGAAGAUAAUGAAGAGGCUGCGUGUUGUGUUGGUGUGCCUCAUUGUAGCUCUCCUGUGCUGGUACCCCAUUCAUCAUGCCUAUUGUUCAGAGCACAGCUUGUCUGGCCCCAGGCAGCCUGCUGGAGACAGGAACGACCCUGACGACCACAAGCAGGAACAGGACUCCACAAAACUCCAGGAGGUGGAAGAAUGGACGACACACACCUCCCACGCUGUGGGACUAGAGGCCGAGAGAGCAGUACACGAUAUAACACUAGGUCAUCAACAACAGACUGUGACUCCACAUGGAGCAGUGGAAGAGGAAAAAGAAAGGAACGCACACUUAGAGUCUGUUACACUACCUGUCGCUCCUGAGCCAGAGCCCUCAUCAUAUCCGGUUUUUGAUUCGGACCUGCAGUUAGACACCCAAGUCCAGCAUGAGGACCGGGACCAGGAAGCUCUAGUUUUCUCUACCCUACAGUCAGUUUUAGCAUCCCCAGAUCCCCCUCCUGCCCCCAAGCUCCUUGACACUGACACCGCUGCUGCUGCAUCCUUGCAUGAAGCCGACAACACACCUACCUCACAGAGUGCUGGUCCAACUCCCACAGAUGCAGUGUGGGUUGCCAGUGCAGGAGAUGAGCCCCCAGCAGACAGCUUUGUCUUUGCUGAGCACUCUGACUCGCAGUGCAGGGUCAUUCCCGCCAAACUGGCAACCUGUGAAAACACCCUUUUUGGCAGCCCCCUCCUCAGCGAUGACAAGGCUGACCCAGAGGACCAACAGUCUGACCAGAGCUGUGGUUCCAGUCCUGACACAGUGGCUCAGUCUGCACCAGGCUGUGUGGAGCAGGAAGAGGAAAAGGAGGAGGAGGAGGAGGCGGGACAGGCUGACAAGGAACAGGACAACAAUCUGCAGGCCUCCGAGCACCAAGAUCAGCUGGUGGGGCAAGCUGCUCCUGACCGAGAUUUUGAUCCCUCGGUCCCCAGCAAAGACGACUUCCCGCCAUUUAGCAAGUGGAUGGAGCAGACAAGUCUCCACGCCACCACUAGCGGCAGCAUCCAGCCAGUGAAGAAGAUCCAGAAAAACUUCAAGAAUAAUUACGCUUCGGUGGAGUGCGGUGCUAAGAUACUGUCUGCAAACAACGAGGCCAAGAGCAGUUCCGCUAUUCUCAUGGAGAAUAUGGACCUUUACAUGCUGAAUCCCUGCAGCAACAAAAUCUGGUUUGUGAUUGAGCUCUGUGAGUCCAUACAAGUUAAGCAGCUGGACAUUGCAAACUUUGAGCUCUUCUCAUCCACGCCUAAAGAUUUCCUGGUUUUCCUCAGUGACAGGUAUCCCACCAACAAGUGGGUGAAGCUAGGGACUUUCCACGCCCGUGAUGAGCGCACUGUUCAGAGCUUUCCACUAGAUGAGCAGCUUUAUGCAAAAUAUGUGAAGAUGUUCAUCAAGUACAUCAAGGUUGAGCUGCUUUCCCAUUUUGGGUCUGAGCACUUUUGUCCCCUCAGUCUUUUCAGGGUGUUUGGAACCAGUAUGGUGGAGGAAUAUGAGCAGAUUGAUUCCCAGUACCUUUCUGAAAGGCAGGAGUACUUGGAUGAAGACUAUGACUAUCCACCCGGCUACCAGCCAUCAGAAGACAAGGCCUCGAAGAACCUGCUUGGCUCUGCGACAAAUGCUAUCCUCAACAUGGUCAACAACAUUGCUGCUAAUGUGCUGGGUGGUAAACCUGAGCUGCAGGAAGCAGGAGCAGAGGCAGGAGGUAACGUGACAGCAGAGGUUACACCCACGCCAGCUGAAAUCGCUCAAGAAUCUUCUGUUCAAAAACCAGUAGAGCCAGAACACCCAACCACCCGCGACGACUCAAAUUCCUCCAGGGAUUCUUCAGCGUCGCCCUCCCUUGAAUCCCAAACAGACAGACAGAUUGUCACUCUUGUUGAAGAAGAGGAAGAUGAAGAAGAGCCCAGACAGUCGACUGUCACCCUGAUGGAGGAGGAGGGUGAGGAUGAAGAGGAGAAGCAAGAGGAGGAGGCAGCAGGCAGGAACCAGUGGGAGAGCCACUUGUACUGUCCUUUUUUGUCCCUGUCCUCGCUGUCCUUGUCCUGCAUGGCAACCCUGCCUGAGCUGCUCCACCGCUGGUGCUCUGCUGUGCUGGCCGAGGAACGACUUCGAAGACUUUAUGCACAAACACACCCCCAUAUAAAAGGCCCCACCCUCACAGACUCACCUCCACAGGUAUCCAAGCCUCCUUCCACACCCUCACAGGAGGUUCUUCCCUUCACUGAAACAGCUCCAGAGAUGGCGGUGCCUCCCCCGAGCCAAAGCGAGGUCACCUCCACACUGGACGUUGACGCCCACACCUCUCAAGCGCACACUCCACAGCUCGACUUCCUCUUGGAGCCGAGCAGAACCUCCACCCUUGAUCCUCAAAGCCUCUCUGACAUCAACAGUUCCCUGAUGCAGCCCACCCCCACCCACGAGUAUGUGCUGCCCUCUCCCAUCAAAGACGCAGCCCUGAAUCCUGUCCCAACUCCCCCACUCCAGACCACCACUCUCCUAGAGAUGAAGUUGAACAGCAUCAACCCCACCUUCAUCACAAACACAGACCAACAACUUGUAACCCAGAAGAUGGCUUCUCCAGAUGCUGCACUCCCCACGGCUAAGGAGCAACCUGUGCAAGCUCUUCCUACAGCCUCAAAGCCUGAAGACCUUGUCCACCCUCCCACAGAGCAACCGACAGCUCCACCACUGACAGACACUGAUGCAGUUAAGUUGGGGGUGGAAAGCAGGGACCCACAUAAAACUGAUUCUCAGGAGGAAGAGGCGGCUCCCCUCCCUCACAGCGGAGACCCCCAGGACACAGCGGAUGAGGACCUGCUAAGCACCACUGGGGCCGUGCUCCGCACUGCCACAGAUUUUUACGCAGAGCUGCAUAACAGCGGCGAUUACAACAGCCUGGCUGGAAAUGGGAACGUAGCAACGGUGCACGGCUCAAGCCAGAAGGAGAGCGUCUUCAUGAGGCUCAACAACAGGAUAAAAGCACUGGAGAUGAACAUGAGUCUGUCCAGCAGAUAUCUGGAGGAGCUCAGCCAGAGAUACCGCAAACAGAUGGAGGAGAUGCAGAGGGCAUUCAAUAAGACCAUCAUCAAGCUGCAAAACACAUCCCGCAUUGCUGAGGAGCAGGACCAGAAGCAGCAGGACUCCAUUCAGGGUCUGCAGAGUCAGCUCGAGAACGUCACCAAACUGAUGCUCAAUCUCACUCUUACCGUCAGCCAGCUUCAGAAAGAGGUAUCUGACCGCCAGAGCUACCUUGUGGUCUCUCUGGUUCUGUGCGUGUUUCUGGGCCUCCUCAUGUGCCUGCAGUGCUGCCGAAGCUCCUGUGCCGCCCCAAAAGCCGACACAGCUGCUCUUCCCAAGAGCAACAACUACCCCAGCCCCAAGAGAUGCUUCUCCUCCUAUGACGACAUGAGCCUCAAGCGCAGGGUGACCUGUCCUCUCGUUCGCUCCACGUCCUUCCACCUGUCCUCUACAGAAGUAGGUCCAGAUGACUUAUACAUUGUAGAACCUCUAAGGUUUUCUCCUGAGAAAAAGAAGAAACGCUGCAAAGCAAAAUCUUUGGACAAAGUGGAAACUCUGAAGGCGUCCGACCCGACAGCUCCCCCCACUAACGGUGAAAUCAAAUGCAACGGGUUCCACUCAUGCCUUCCACUCCCUACCCUUCUUCCUCCUCCACCGCCACCACCACUGCCUCCUCCUCCUCCUCCUCCGCCUCCUCCUCCUCCUCUGGUGGAAACGCCAUCAUUGCCCCCCCGCCCCUUUAAGGAGCUCCCCUCAGAGACCAAUAGCUGCAGCUCCUCCACCCACUCCGAAGAGUCCUUCACCAGCCGCCUCCCACCUCCCUCGCCCGUCUUCUCCUUGGCGGGCCUGUGCAAUGGCCACGAGCUUCCCUUUGGGCCGCCGCCGCCCUCCAAGUCCCGCCAGGAAAGGCGCUUGAGCAAAAGGCGGAAGUCGCGGCAGACGGACCUGCCCUUCCCACCGAUGCCGGAGGAGCAAGUGCCGUCGCUGCCCAGCCUGCAGCAGCUGAUGAAGGGAAGCAAGCAGAUUAGUGUGGGGACCAUUAGGGUGACUGCUGUCAGCGGACACGUCUGAGCACCCACUCACGUCAGCUACACAAAAACACUACUUUAACAUGGUAGCAGGCAGCGUUGCAUACACAACAUUCAUCCCAAAGAACCACAUUUCCCAUGAGCACCCAGGACACUGUGUCUUGUCCGCAUCCACUCCCUUUCAAAGACCUUUUAAUGCUUACGUGCCUUUAUGACCAUUGAACUUUUUUUAAUGUUUGUGUGGUCAAGGUGUGUUAUUUGUUGUAGAUGAGCACAUAACGUAGUUCCUCCUACAAGAGCAUCCACAAAGUAUUCACACAUGUGGGAGGCGCAUUACAAUCUGUUGUUUUUUUUUUUUCUUCUCAUUCUUCCUCCUAUCACUUUGAUGACUCUGGGGACCAGUUUUUUUGUAUCUCCAUCUCUGUCAGUCUACUCCUGAGCAGCCGAAUGAAGAAAAAACAGCUAAUGUUUCAUUUUAAACGUUUUAAUUAACUACUACAGCAGCAGCGUUUGAGAUCAUCUUCACUCGCAUCUUUAUUGAGGCACCGCAUGCACAGAUAUGCAAGAUCCGUUUUAUUUAUCUAUUUAUUUCUGUAGAAUUUUUUUUUUUUUUUUUUAGUUAGGCACUGGCUGGCCAGUCUCCGCCUCCUGCAGUUUCUGGGUCAUAGAACUUACAGGAAAGCAUUCACUUACUGGUACUGACGCACAGUGUAUAACGGAUGGCUAAGUAUGGGAGCGGUCACAUUACCCAACGAGAUGGAUCGUUAGGAUCUUCAUGCUGCUGCUGCUGCUUUCUGAUUGGUGGAAAAGGAGCUUAAGGUAAUGCUUCUCCCUUUAUCUCAGCUUCUUUUUUGGUGUUUGUUGCAUUGUCAGCAGUAGUGUCCAUUUGCAUAGUCUGACAAGGCUUAUCUUUUUUUGUGUAUUUUGUUUUUUAAACAUAUGUAUUUUCUGAUAGGCUGGGUGUUUAUUCUGACAGAGACUUGGAACCAUACACGCCCUCCCUCACUACUCCAUCACAGGGUCUACUUUAUCUUCUUUACAUCCACCGAGGUCCUCUCUGACCAACUUUGCACGAUUUUUCCCCCUACUGUGAAGAAGGAUCUUUAGCGUGUCUCCCAUCGUUCUGUGUGUUCCCUCACAUGUGUUUUGUUCAUUGUUCAAAAAGGGAACACGGCAAAGAUGGUGGUUUGGAAACACUAUAAAUAUGGAUUGUGUGUGUUCCCCAAGUGUUUUUCAAUCUUUGACAUGUUUGUAUGUGUGUUCAUAUUAGGAGAUUAUUUUUUCAUUUUUACCCUCAUAAAACGUCAUGUCCAAUAUCUGUUAACUAAUCCAGUUAACAGAGGUCACUCUCGCCCUGUAGGGAUCCUACAAGCUCUCAUUAAAUGACUCCUCAUGCCUUUUUUUAUUAUUUUUUUCUACCUUUUUAAACAAAGUGCUAUAUUUUCUUUCUUUCUCUCUCCCCUUUUCUUUCUGUGAUUCUCUGAAUGGCUGCACAGUAUUUUGUUUGUUUUUAGCAGGAAUGUGUUACUACAACAAUGUAGGGCCAUCUAGAAACUGUGAAUUUUUAAAUAAAACUUUUGUUGUCUUUCA